AUGGUAGACAUUAAUGAACUCAUUAGAAAACAGACAUUUGUCAGUGAAUUGGAAAGAAUCAUAAGAGAAGGCGAUCCAGAAGUACUUACUCCGGUCAAUAUUCGGCGUACACUAGAGAAAAAGUUUGGGCUUGAGGAAAAUAUUUUGGAUGAAAAGCCAUCGAAAAAAAGAUUGAAGACAAUGAUUGAUAAGAUAUUUAUGGAUACAUACCAUGAUGAUGACUCGGUCGAUAAAACCCAAGUUGAUGCUUCAAAGGAAGAUACAAUGCAAGAAAUCCAAAAUGAAGAAUCAGAAAUGAGCGAGCUAGAAUCUGUAGAGCCUAAGGAAAAGGCCAAAAAGGCAAAUAUAAAUACAAAGACAGGAAGUAAAACCGGAUCAAGAAAGAAUGGCGUAAAAAGCUCCAAGUCAAAAGAGAAGGGAGUAAAGACCAGUAGUGAAGACGAGUCAGAGAUGAGUGAAUUGGAUAUAUCUCCACCCAAAAAGAAGCAGAAAGGCACAAAGAAAGCUAGUACAGUAGUAACCACUAAAGAAGACUCUGACGACGAAACCGAAACAUCACAGUUGAAGAAAGCUGCUGGAACCAAAGAGAAAUCCACUGCAGCAGUCUCUCCCAACGAAGAGAAAAUCAAGCGUUUGAAGCAAUAUGUCAGCAAGUGUGGUGUUAGAAAACAGUGGGCAAAAGAAUUCUCGAAUUGUACCAGCCCCAAACAGCAAAUCAAGAGGCUACAAGAAAUUCUUGUGGAACUUGGUGUGGAAGGCCGCCCGACUAUAGAGAAAUGUGAAAAAAUUAAGGCCCAAAGAGAGAUCCAAGACGAACUAGCAAGCUUAGAUACACAAAACAUUUUGAAUGACGAUAAAGGUGUCCACACUCGUGGCAGAAGAGUCAGAAAGCCAAGAAAGAUUGUAGGGGAAGACGACGAGGAAAAUGAAGAUGGAGAGGAGGAUGAAGAAUCAAAAAAGUCGACUGGAUUUGAUAUAUCAUUCCUUGGAGACCAAAGUUCUGAUAGUGAAUGA